AAGAAUCACUUCUACGACGGACACGCUCCACCGUACGUGCGCGCUUCCGUGAAUCUAUAACAAAGAUGGCGGCCGCCUUAUCAGGCAUCGUAGUUCCCCGCAGCUUUCGUCUGCUGGAGGAACUGGAGGAAGGUCAGAAGGGAGGUGGAGACGGUACGGUGAGCUGGGGCCUCGCAGAUGAUGACGACAUGACGCUAACUCACUGGAACGGCAUGAUCAUCGGCCCAGCCAAGACCGUCUAUGAAGGCAGGAUAUACAGUCUGAAAAUAGAAUGUGGAAACAGAUACCCAGAAUGCCCCCCCCAUGUCCGCUUUGUGAACAAGAUUAACUUGAACUGCGUACACAGUUCAAAUGGUUUGGUGGACUUAAAGUCGCUGUCAGCACUGUGCAGAUGGAAAAACUCCCACAACAUCCGGAUAGUGCUGCAGGAGCUCAGACAGCACAUGAUGAUGAAAGAGAACAACAGGCUCUCCCAGCCGCCCGAAGGCCAGGUGUUUAGCAACUGAGGCGUGCGCGCACACACUGACACACACUGACACACACACACUGACACACACACACACUGACACACACACACACACACACACACACACACACACACACACACACACACACACACACACAGUGACACACACACACAGCGACACACACAGCAACACACAGCAUAAUACUGUGCUACUUUCAAAAUAUACCACCAUCAUGUUUCCAAGACUCCUCUCCCACUUCCUCCCUCAGAAUCCUCCCAUUGGACAUAGAGGGAUGUGCACCCAGUGCCCAUUAAAAUAAAAAAUAAAUAAAACCAGAGCAGACAUUACAAAACAAAAAUACCGUACAUCUUACUAAUGUUCUUUUUCUUAUCUUCAUGCGUGUUCUACAUCCAGAUGAUGACAUAUCACAGAUCCUGAUUGAGUCCACCAGUAAUGUGUGUGUGCUGGACUCUUCACAAGUGGUGUCAGUUAGUCCCUCUUAUAUGGGUGUUGUGGUGAUGGGUUUGAAUCAGCAAAACAAAUGUACUAAUGUCACUCCCAGCAAAAUGUUGAAUGUGGGGUCAUUCUGCAGCGUACCUCAGCAUCUUGCAGAAUGCUGAAACAGAUUCCCUAGAGACGAAAUCCUGCACCCACCACGAUGCUUUGCUUGGCCUCCCAGGCUGCAUUAGUAUGUAACUCCCCAGCUUCCGCAAUCCCGACGAUGUGAAUUUCACAGGCCUUCCUUAACAGUGCAUGUCCGGUACAUGGGAGUAAACUGCUACUAGACCUUUAGCAACGUAUGUAUCAACAGCACUGCUGGCUCAUCACUCAUGUUCUCAGACUUGUCCUCUGUGUGCCAUAUGGUUCAUAGUGCUUUGUGAUUGAUUAUUAGCAGCCAGUGGGGUGUGGGGGGGGCUACAGUUUCUUGUGCUCAGGAUCACCACUGUACUGUGGCCUGAGCCGAGCAGGAGGAGGGGCUGCGAUUUGUUGUGUUUUUGGUUUCUUCAAUUUCCAGGCUGACCUUCCUGUGUAUACUCCACUGAACGCAAUGUACGGCUUUGGAUGUUUUAUUUUAUAACAGGUUGAAUCUAAUCAGGGUAAUGGUGACCUGUUGCAUGGUUUUAUUUGAAUUAAACGUUAUUACUUUUG